AUGUCUCGCACUCUCUAUGAUAAAGUCUGGGAUGAUCAUGUCAUUGAUCAACAAGAAGAUGGUACUUGCUUGAUCUAUAUCGACCGACAUCUGGUGCAUGAAGUCACUAGUCCUCAAGCUUUCGAAGGUCUUCGUAAUGCCAAUCGUCCUGUACGUCGUCCUGAUUGUACUCUUGCUACUGUCGAUCACAACAUUCCUACUACAACAAGAAAGAACUUCAAAAAUAUCACCACUUUUAUCAAGGAAACUGAUUCAAGAACUCAAUGUGAGACGCUUGAGCAAAAUAUUGAAGCCUUUGGUCUGACGUAUUUCGGCAUGGAGGAUAGUCGUCAAGGUAUUGUGCAUGUUAUUGGCCCUGAGCAAGGUUUCACUCUCCCAGGAACCACUGUUGUAUGUGGUGAUUCACAUACAUCCACACACGGUGCUUUUGGUGCUCUUGCUUUUGGUAUUGGUACAUCCGAAGUAGAGCAUGUACUUGCUACUCAAACUCUCUUACAAAAGAAAUCAAAGAACAUGCGUAUCCGUGUUCAAGGUAAAGCUCUUCCCGGCGUCACAUCCAAGGAUAUCGUUCUUCACAUCAUUGGUGUUAUUGGUACCGCUGGUGGUACCGGUUGUGUUAUUGAAUUCUGUGGUGAUACCAUUGCUGCUCUAUCCAUGGAAUCAAGAAUGUCCAUUUGUAACAUGUCCAUUGAAGCAGGCGCUCGUGCUGGUAUGGUAGCUCCUGAUGAAGUAACCUUUGAAUACCUUCGUGAUAAACCUCUUGCUCCCAAGGGCGCUGAUUGGGAUCGUGCUGUCAAAUACUGGAAGUCUCUCAGCUCUGAUGCCGACGCUAAAUACGAUAUCAACGUAGAAAUUGACGCUGCCGACAUUGCUCCCACUCUUACCUGGGGUACAAGUCCUCAAGAUGUGGUUCCCAUCACUGGCUCGACUCCUGAUCCUGCCAAGAUUGAGGAUCCCAUUCGUCGUUCUGCUGUCCAACGUGCUCUUGAUUACAUUGGUAUUGCUCCCAAUACGCCUAUGGAAGGUGUCAAGGUGGAUAAGGUAUUCAUCGGUAGUUGUACAAAUUCCCGUAUUGAGGAUCUUCGUGCUGCUGCUGCUGUUGUGAAGGGUAAGCGUGCUGCUGAGUGGGUGGAUGCCAUGGUGGUACCUGGUUCAGGUUUGGUGAAGCGUCAAGCUGAACGUGAAGGUUUGGACAAGAUCUUUACUGAUGCUGGUUUUGAUUGGAGAGAAGCCGGCUGUUCCAUGUGUCUCGGUAUGAACCCUGAUCAAUUGAAGCCUGGAGAACGUUGUGCAUCUACAUCCAACCGUAAUUUCGAAGGUCGUCAAGGUGCUGGUGGUCGCACUCACCUUGUGAGUCCUGCCAUGGCUGCUGCCGCUGGUAUCAAAGGUUGUCUCACGGAUGUACGUAACAUGGAAGUCUCUGAAAUCCCUGGUACUCCCAAGCAAAGCCCUCGUCAAGAAGUUGUUGCUGAAUUCGAGUCUGAGGAGGAGGAUGUCGAUUCCAGUUCUGUUGAUUCUGCCGCUGUAGCUACACCUCCUAGUACCGGUGAAUCUGCUGGCAUGCCCAAGUUCACUACUCUCAAGGGUUAUGCUGCUCCUCUUGAUAUUUCCAAUGUCGAUACUGAUAUGAUUAUUCCCAAGCAAUUCCUCAAGACCAUCAAGCGCACUGGUCUUGGUAGUGCUCUUUUCUAUGCUCUUCGUUUUGACCCUGCUACCGGUGCUGAGAACCCUGACUUUGUCCUCAACCAAGAACCCUAUCGUCAAGCACGUACCUUGGUCUGCACUGGUCCCAACUUUGGCUGUGGUAGUUCUCGUGAACAUGCUCCUUGGGCCUUUAAUGAUUUUGGUAUUCGUUGUAUCCUUGCUCCCAGCUUUGCUGAUAUCUUCUACAACAACUGCUUCAAGAACGGUAUGCUCCCUAUUGUCCUUCCUCAGGAUCAAUUAGAAGCCAUUGCUGCUGAAGCCAAGAAGGGAUCUGAAGUCGAAGUGGACCUUAUCAACCAAGUGAUUCGUUAUGCUGGUCAUGAGGUGCCUUUUGAGGUGGAGGCUUUCCGUAAGCACUGUCUCGUCAAUGGCUUUGAUGACAUUGGGUUGACCAUGCAAAAGGCUGACAAGAUUGCUGAUUUCGAGGUGAAGCGUACUGAAACAUGGCCUUGGUUGAACGGAAAGGGCUACAAAGGAAAGGCCACUAAAAUCUCCAUCAACGGUGAAGGUCAAAAGAAGGCCAAGCUCGAUUGGUAA